ACUGAAUGGCGAGUUAUCCCAUUAUUGAGAAAUUAAACCCAAUGCACGAGAUCCUGCAGGACGUGGGCCGCAAGUUAUUUAUCAGAGGGAUGAAAACGCUACUGAGAAUUACUGACUCAACUACGUAGCUCAGACUCGCGGCCUUUUGCCGUUCCAUCGGUACCAAUUUUCAUGAGCGUCUUUUUGGCGCCGAUGGUGUAGCGCUGCUGCAUCAAUUUGACCCGUGAAAAUCCAGCCAUUUACAUGAUAGUAUGAGAGUUUUAUUCAACUCGUCACAUAGAACGGCUCGCAAGUCAACAUCUUAAUAAAGGCUUACACGAUGGACGGCUGCUUCUCUUUUAACGACAUCAAGUCCUUACAACAACUCAUUGCACCCCCCACAAACAAUGACUCCGAUUCAGAAGACGAUUUACCACAAGCUGGUGCUCGGAAAUUGGGGCCCGGAGAUAUUGGUAAAAGAGAAUCGGGGAACCUCGAACAUAGUGGGCCUCAUGCCGCGCUAAAGGGGGAAGGUGAUGAUAUCUGGCAUUCCUCAGAAGUUGCCGCAGCCCCAGCUGCCGCUGAAAUUUUCGAUCCUCGGGAAGUUCCAGAGUACGAAAUGAAGUUCAAGCAGGCUGUAUCCACGGAAGAUGUUUUUCUCGGGAUGAACGGCAAAACUCCGGGAACGGCUUCUUGUGAAUGGUUAACGGUCAUCGUGAAACUACCUGGCGAACCGCGAGAAAAGGUAGAAUUGAGCGUCGAAUCAGAGCUCAUUGACAUCCGGAGCCCAAGGUAUCGUCUACAUUUGCCAACUCCGCAUACGACUGACCCGCACAAUUCUACCGCCAAAUGGCACACUGAGUCGUCGACUCUAGAAAUAACUUUAAAACUGACCAGAGAAAUGGACCUAAUCAAUUUCUAGAGCCUACGAAUAUCUCAAGAAAUAAUCAUUUCUGUUUAUGAUAUGUGUAUAUAGUUAUGUGUAAUUAUAAUAACGCUACAAUAUUACGAAAUAAAUUAAUUUCGAUGUAAAAUAUUUACUCGAAUAAAAUACA